AGAUAUAAUAAACUGAACAUUUCUCCGAAUCAGAAUCACAAAGCCACACCUCAAUGUCUCCAAUCACCAUCCUCACUCUCUCCCUCCUCUCUUUCUCUCUCGUCUCUCUCCCUCCGCCGUCUCUCGCCGGAGAAUCCUCCAACGCCUACGACCUCCUCGAAUCCUACAAUUUCCCGGCAGGCCUUCUCCCAGUAGGCGUCCAGGGCUACGAUCUUGACCAAUCCACCGGUAAAUUCAGUCUUUACUUAAAUGGUUCCUGUAGUUUCUCAGCUGAAGGAUCGUAUCAGCUUAAAUAUAAGUCCACCAUUAGCGGAAAGAUUGCGAAAAAUAAGCUCACUAAUUUAAGCGGAAUUAGUGUAAAGAUACUGUUUUUAUGGCUUAAUAUUGUUGAGGUUGAUAGAAACGGUGAUGAAAUUGAGCUUUCUGUGGGGUUUGCUUCUGCUGUUUUUCCGGUGGGGAAUUUCGAUGAAUGCCCGCAAUGUGGGUGUGGGCUGGAUUGCGCUAAAGCCAGGAAUAAUGGGCUUUUGAGGAAGAUGAAAUUGAAUUCUUUUGUGCAAUCAAGUUAGGUGCUUUAUGUGAUUUACACUGCAUUUUAGGCUUUAGUAAACUGUUACUACAUUGUAUGUUGCUACGGACUAAGAAUUACGGGAAUUUGUCAAAAUGGAUUAAAAGGAUGUUUUUUUAUCUGAUGAUUCAUCUUGUAUUUCAGUGUUUAGUAUGUUUACAAAGAAUGUGAUCUAUGUGCAUUUGUCUGGUAUUGAUGAUGUAAGAUGUUUACAAGUUAUUGAAUAAAGGGUUUUAAAUCUAUGUA